AUGAGACAUCCCGCUGACUCUCCAGUUUGGAAAUAUUUUGAUAAUUUGUAUCCCAAGUUUGCGAGUGAGCCUCGCAAUGUCAGAUUGGGUUUAGCAGCGGAUGGAUUCAAUCCAUUCAAGGCAAUGAAUGUCUCUCAUAGCAGUUGGCCAGUUACUAUGAUGCCAUACAAUUUGCCACCAUGGUUAUGCAUGAAGCAGCCUCAUAUGAUGAUGACAUUGCUCAUCGAUGGUCCUUCUUCACCUGGAAAUAACAUUGGCGUCUACUUACGCCUUGUAGUGGAUGAAUUGAAAGAAUUGUGGGAAAACGGUGUUGACACGUAUGAUGUAGAAACUAAUCAGAUGUUCCGAAUGCAUGCUGUGUUAUUAUGGACUAUAAAUGAUUUUCCUGCCUAUGCAAUUUUGUUUGGAUGGAGCACGAAAGGCGCUUUAGCUUGUCCUUGUUGGGCUAAUGUGCUACAACAACUAGGCCCUAAGUUCAAAUUGAAUUCUAAACGUCAACAAUCUAGCAAAUGGAAUAGAAAGGGGAAAGAAAAUGAGGACUCGGGUCAUAAUUGGAAGAAAAAGAGUAUUUUCUUUGAGCUGUCAUAUUGGGAGCAUAAUUUGAUUAGCCACAACCUUGAUGUGACGCACAUUGAAAAGAACAUGUGUGAUAAUGUAUUGUGGACGAUAUUAAAUGUUGAUGGGAAAGGGAAGGACAAUUUAAAUACUCGUCGAGAUUUGCAAGAUAUGGGAAUUCGGAAGGCACUACAUCCUCAGAAAAGGGUUGGGAACGAGUAUUAUUUGCCUCCUGCAUGUUUUGCCAUGAACAAUAGAGAGAAAAGUCUAUUCUGCACACUUCUAAAGAAUAUCAAAGUUCCAGAUGGUUACGCAUCUAAUAUCUCUCGUUGGGUUAACCUCAAACAACGUAGCAUAUCUGGACUGAAAAGUCAUGAUAACCAUAUACUUAUGCAACAAAUACUUCCAAUAGCAGUGAGAAAUUUGUUACCGAAGAAAGUGGUUGAACCAUUAAUUGAGUUAAGCAAUUUCUUCAAGCAAUUGUGUUUCAAAACCCUAGAGGUGGAUGGUCUAAAUCGUCUUCAGUCCCAAAUCGCUCUUACACUUUGCCAUCUUGAGAGAAUUUUUCCUCCAUCAUUUUUCGAUAUAAUGGAGCACUUACCCAUUCACCUAGCAGAGGAAGCGAAGAUUGCCGGUCCAGUGCAAUAUCGAUGGAUGUACUUUAUAGAAAGGUACCUUAUGACGCUUAAAUCAUACAUGCGUAAUCGAAGUCAUCCUGAAGGUUCAAUUGCACAGGGAUACUUGGUCGAAGAAUGUAUGACAUUUUGCUCAAGGUACUUGCAUGAUGUUGAGUCGAAAUUGCAUCGACCGUUAAGGAAUUGCGAUGUUAGUGACAAUCCUGAGAUAUUAAUGGGGCGGGCUUUAGGAAAAGGAAAAGGUUUUGUUCUUGAUAACACAACAUGGGUACAGGCUCAUCGGUAUAUGUUAUUUAACAUUACUGUGGUUGUCCCAUAUGGAGAGGAACAUCGUGAAUUUAUUAAGCGGUCACAUCGUCGUCUCAGAGAUUAUGAUGUGGAUCGUCGUCACAAUGAUGAGUUUCCCAAAUGGUUCAAUUCUCAUGUUGCAAAGCUGUUAACUACUGAAAAUGUAGCGUUGUCGGAUGAAAUUAAAAUUUUGGCUUUGAGGCCCAUCCAAAAGGCCACCAGAUUUAAUGGGUAUAUAAUUAAUGGUACUAGGUAUCAUACGGAGUCGUGA